UCGAUUUGAUUUUAAUGUCAAGUUUCUGUUAGUAAAAACAUUCAUUGAACAAACUCAGUGUUCGGGUGUUCAAAAUAAUGGAGACCAUGGACGUUAAAGUGUUCAAUGCGUUGGGAAAAGAAGGAAUCAAUGGAAUAACCAAAUCUGCUGUCAUUUAUCGUGACGAGUCGGCUCGUUUCAUCUACGUUUGCUAUCACUGUGGUAACAUGUUCGAUGAAAUCAAUGCAACUCUCCAGCACAUCGAAUCUCAUUUUCAAUUGGUCAAUGUUAUGGUCGAUCAGACCUUAACAACUCACAGUCAAUUGACCGUGGAUGGCAACGAGCUGAAUGACAAACUGGCUAUGUCACCAGCCCACGAAAACUUUGACAUUAAGACGGAAAUUCCUGAUGAAUUCGAUGAUAUCCCUGCAAUGUCGGCUGUGUCAAUCAUUCAGACAAUGUUUAGUGAAGAUGAUGAGCCGACGAAAUCGGCGGUGUCGGGGAAAACGAAAAACGUCAAGGAAGAAAAGCCGAAGAGAGUUAGGAAAUCCUCAGCUGCUACGAAAAGGGAGCCCAAGCCCAUAGAAAACCCUUACCGAUGCCACAUCUGCUCCACAGUCGUUAAGAAUUUUUCAACCCUACGAGUUCAUAUGAACAAACAUACGAACGCCGAAGUGUUACGGAUCAACAGAUGCAAGAAAUGUGACGAAUAUUUCAAGAGCGCACCCUCACUUCGAAGUCACGUUGUCAAAGUUCACCUGAGGCAAUCAACCGAAGGGAUUAAAUACAGCGUAAGGGACUUCAAUCGGUAUGAGGAGAAAGAAUCGUUUAAGGAGGAGCUGCAUUCAUGUGAAUUCUGUACGCAACGCUUUUACAUAAAAUCGAAUUUGGACGUUCAUGUAAAUGCAGUCCAUUCUGGCGAGCGACGACUGCAGUGUUCGACAUGCAAUGCACUUUUUACCGCACCAAAGAACUACUACGCUCAUCAAUCGGAACAUAAACGCUUUGGGUCCAAUACUAGUGAAUUCGAUGAGGAGGCAGCACUUGCCAGUAUUGAUGCGCUUAUUGACGAGCGCAUUUCUCAUGAGGUUGGUCAACCAUACCGAUGCUUAAUGUGUGACUUCACAGCGAACAUACAUCACGACAUUCGAGCGCACAUUCGACGGAAACAUGUCUAUCCAAUGUUCCCGGCGCCACUGGAACUGAAGAAGGAAUAUAUUUGUGACUAUUGUGGUGUCAAGCUUAAAUCCAAACACGCCUUGCUCAAACACUUCCUGAUCCAUACGAACACGAAGACGCAUCCCUGCAGAUUUUGUGGUAAAUUGUUUCGAAUAUCGUCGACGACAAAAAUCCAUGAGAGACAGCACACCGGAGAGAAGCCGUACCAGUGCCACGAAUGUGGAAAAGCAUUCAUUUCGAAGGGAUUACUGACUGCGCACAAAAAGACCCACGAGGAUACAACCUAUCCGUGCCAUAUUUGCGGGAAGGUGUUUCGACUACCAUCCGGCUAUCGGAACCACGUCAAAACGCAUCGUGUGGAGCGUGAUUUUAAAUGCACCAUUUGCGGGAAGACAUUCAACACGCGGAUUUAUUGGAAAAGGCACAUGGAUAUACACUCGGAGCGGAAGCAUAAGUGUCACUUUUGCGAUAGUACAUUCAAUACGGGAGAUGGCAGACGACAACACCAGCGACAUAAGCAUAAAUAUGAAAUGAGUUUGCCGAUGUAGAGUGGCGGGAAACAUUCACUGCUCGGUCUAAGGUUCUUUUUAAAUACAGACGAAAAUGAUACGAUCAGUCAGA